CGGCAGCAUGUGGGCUCUCCUGCUCCUGUGGCCCCUAGCGCUGGGGUUCAGCCUGGAUGACCCCCAGACCCCCAUCAUCUACGAUGAUGAUGGGGGCAGCACAGAGAGAGGUGAUGAUAGCACACCGGGGCCCCACCCGCGCAGCUUCCCUGGCCAGCCCUGUGCCAAUGACAGCAACACUCUGGAGGUCCCGGGCAGCUCUCGGGCACUGCUGCUAGGCUGGGUGCCCACGAGACUGGUGCCCGCGCUCUACGGGCUGGCCCUGGCAGUGGGGCUGCCCGCCAAUGGCCUGGCGCUGUGGGUGCUGGCCACGCGGGUGCCACGACUGCCCUCCACGGUGCUGCUGAUGAACUUGGCGGCGGCUGACCUGCUGCUGGCCCUGGCGCUGCCGCCACGCAUCACCUACCACCUGCGGGGCCAGCGCUGGCCCUUCGGCGAGGCCGUCUGCCGCCUGGACACGGCCGCACUCUAUGGUCACAUGUACGGCUCCGUGCUGCUACUGGCCGCCGUCAGCCUGGACCGCUACCUGGCCGUGGUGCACCCGCUGCGGGCCCGCACCCUGCGAGGCCAGCGCCUGGCCAUCGGGCUCUGUGUCACGGCCUGGCUGGUGGCAGCCGCCCUGGCGCUGCCCCUGGCGCUGCAGCAGCAGACCUUCCGGCUGUCGCGUUCGGACCACGUGCUCUGCCACGACGUGCUGCCCGUCGGUGCCCAGGCCUCCUACUGGCGGCCUGCCUUCAUCUGCCUGGCGGUGCUCGGCUGCUUCCUGCCGCUGCUGGCCAUGCUGCUGAGUUACGGGGCCACCCUGCGCACGCUGGCGGCCGGCGGCCGGCGUUACGGCCACGCGCUGAGGCUGACCGCACUGGUGCUGACCUCGGCCGUGGCCUUCUUUGCGCCCAGCAACGUGCUCCUGCUCCUGCACUACUCAAACCCGGACCCCGAUGCCUGGGGGGACCUGUACGCCGCCUACCUGCCCAGCCUGGCGCUCAGCACCCUCAACAGCUGUGUAGACCCCUUCAUCUACUACUACGUGUCGGCCGAGUUCAGGAGCAAGGUGCACGAAGCGAUGCUUCGCCGGGCGCCUGGAACUGCCACGGCUUCCAGGGAGGGGUGCAGCCCGGCGACCGGCACCCGGUCCUCCUCGUUUGUGUGACAGCCCCUCCACAGGCCGGACAAACAGGAACGAGGUUGCACUGGGUUGAACAGGGUCCCCUCCCAAUUCAUGUCCACUGAGAACCUCCAAAAGUGAGCUUAUUUGGAAAUAAGGUGUUUGCAGGUGUAAUUAGUUAGGACGAGGUCACACUAGAGUAGGGUGGGCCCUAAAAAUCCGAUGUGACUGGUGUCCUUAUAAGAAGAGGACACAGAGACACACAGGGAAGGCCAUGUGACCACAGAGGCAGAGAUGGGGUGAUAUGGCCACAAGCCAAGGGACGCCUCAGACUGCUGGCAGCCACCAGAAGAAGCCAGGAGACCAGCCUGGGACACACUCUCCCUCAGAGCCCCCAGAAGGAGCGAACCCUGCCCACACCCUUAUCUCAGACUUCUGGCCUCCAGAACCGUCAGAGAAUAAAUUUCUGUUGUUUUAAGCCACCUGGUACGUGGUACUUGGUUACGGCAGCCCCAGGAAACUAAGACAAGCAUUAAAUGCAGGUUCCCGGGCCCAGCCAGCUCGCCUGUGUCCGUGUCCAAGGUGUGGACAAGGCGAAGCCGGUGCUGCCUUGGACCCGCUGCAGGACCCCACCCAGGAGGAGGCUCGGGCCCCCUACCCGCUUGUGGCCAAGGCGGCUGGGAGCCCCGUUGGCAGUCCUUGUCCCGAGGAUGGACCUUCGUGUUCUGGGGCAUCUCCUGAGCAGUGGAGACCUCUACUCUGCUCCCCAAAGCCUGGUGCAACCCAUCACCGGGAGCCACAGGGCUCAGCCUCCUACUGUCACCCUGGCUGCAAGACAUCACCUCCUCCUGCUUUCCCAUGGUCUGAUUCCUCUUCUCAGGUAACUCCCCCACGGACUGGGUGGGUGGAGCGAUGCACGGAUUUGCGGUGUACACCCAGGGUCACGGGGCUGCAGCUUUGCAGAACCCACCCCCAGCCAGCUGAAGGCUGCUUUGAAUCCAGUCGGGGGGCACCACAUGGGGAAGGACAGCCAUAGCCCCAGACACACAUGCACACACACCCUGCCGUUCCCCACCCCAGCAGGCAGCACAGGGCAGUGUCAGGAGCCACCGAGGCGUCACCUGUGGGGGAGUACACAGGCCCUCUCCAGAGGCAGAGGGGAAUGGGUUCCAUUCCUGGGCGCCCCAUCAAGUUCAUAUGUCUCUGGUCUGGGGAGGAGUGAGCCGGAAGCCCCAGGACAGACAGACACACACACACAUGCACAUGCGCGCACGCUCGCCCAUGUAAAAGUGAACCUGGGGCCGUGUGAAUAAAGUCAACAAAGAAUAUCA